UUUCCUUAGACUAUCAAUGUUUGUUUGAGACCGCUGUUUGUGGUUGUUAUUUCUCUCUCAGUUUCUUGUUUUCUUUAGGAUAAUAAGUUGCAGAGAGUAACAGAGAGAGAGAGAUGAUAUGUCUAGGCAGAGUCUUGUAAAAGAUGCUUGGAUUAGAGAAGCUGAAGAGGCUUCAAGUUUGGUGGAAGAUUUGGAGGCCAAGACCAAGAACAAGCACCCUGACCAAUUGAGCCUCAGAGAAAUUGCUCGAUCCAAGCUUCUGGAGCUUGGAAUGAAACUUGAUCGCCUCGAAUCACUCCUCCACAACCCGCCCUCAAAACCCAUCUUAACUAAAGAAGAUGUGGAUUUUCGUUGGAAAAUGCUCUCAGAUAUCCAGCUAAGGACGAGAACGUUGGCUCUCAGUUUCUUUGUGCUAGAAAGAUCAGAAAGACUUCCUGCUAUCAAAGAAGACAACAAAAAUGCAAACAGAUGUGACCAAGAUGAAGUGAAGCUUUCGUUCUCUAAAGAUGACCAAGAGCUGCUGACACCUCUUCUUAUUAAACCAUCCAAUUCUUAUACUCCGAUGAGCUUGCGUUGGAAGACUUGCUGGGGCAUUUCUGUGGUCUUAGGGGAUUAUAUAGACACCAUGAAAGGGGCAACUUUAUCUGACAGGCAAGCUUCUGCCCAUAUAUGUGAUGUUGGGGAAGAGUCGGUGGGAUUGCGAAAGAAGCUUGCAGCCCAAGAUUCUGGGGAAUAAACAAAA